AGGGCGCCGCCUGCCGCCUUGAGGGGGACGCCGCACCGCGACUGCGGUGCCCCCCCGCGGCGGCGAUGCUCCAGCGCCUCGCGGCGUGCCUGGCGGUCGCCGCGCUGCGGCUCCGCGGUGCCGCCGCUGCCGCCAGGUUCGGCGAAGGCCUCAUGGGCGCCGUGAAGGAGGCUCAGAAGGCGGUUGAUGCCGCCAGGGUGCAGAACGUCGCCGAGCGCGUCGCAGGCAGGGCGCACGAGGUGCUGAAGGAGUCAGUCCCAGAGCAGGUCUUCCAGGGCGGCGCAGACUUCACGCACGACGGGCUGCUCCCGCCGCCGAGGCCCGGCGAGGCGCUGCAGGCCAAGGCCAACGCGAUAUUGGAGCUGCCCGCCCGCUUGCGCUGCCUCGCCACUGCCUUCGCACUGCUUCUUCUCGAAGGGUUGUGAUCAGCAGUGCCGUGGAGACCCAUGCCAAGAAACACCCUGCUUGCCUCC